UGCAUAAAAGUGGUACAGGUUAAAAUUAAAAAUCAGUCUUGUCUGUACAGACUUCCCUGUACAACCCUGGCCAAUGCUUCGGUUGAACUACUGGUCUACAUCCUCGUCCUGCUGCUAACAUUGGCAUUGAAGGAGGUUACUUAGUACAGGCAAACUUUGUUCCUGUUUUCAUACUGAAUGCUGUCAGGAAAGAUGAGCAGCAGCAACAGCGUCAUUCAGGCACAAAAACUGCUGGAUCAGCUUCGGAUGGAGGCAGGCAUGGAGAGAUUCAAGAUCUCCCUCACAGCAGCAGACUUGGUCCGAUACUGUCAAGAGCACAGGCACAGCGACCCCCUGCUCACCGGUAUAGCUGCCUCGUCUAAUCCCUUCAAAGACAAGAAGACCUGUGUGCUGCUUUGACAGUUUGAAGCAGAGAUGACAACCAAAGCAUGACGGAUGUUCUGCUUGAGGAGCACCAGU